CCAUUGCACACCUGACUGCAACCGGCGAAGAGGGCAAGCGGGGGGGCAUCUUCUAGCGACUCUGGGGAAACCUCCGCGACCGCAACACCCCCGACCCCAACCACCGGCCACCGAACAUCAGAGGCCGGUUCGUUGGACCUCCUCCGUACCUCCAUCGGCGCAUAUCCGUACAUCCCUCCACCUCCCCUCCACUACCACCGUCUAUAUCGGUCUGAGGCGGUCGCGUGAUCCAAAAGCAAACGUGUGGACAGCCGACUUGGAGCAGAAACCAACCCCCAAACGACCUCCGAAACCAAACCGGCACCGGCACCCCGUCCCUUGACACAUUACCGGCAGCCCACCUAGGCAGCCCUACAGUUCUUUUUUUCGCGAUGGACGAGUCUUCGCUUGUCAAGGCGCAUGACCAUGCCAAAGCAGCCUCCAACGCCCAGCACCAGUCCGAGACGACGGUAGCAAUCAACGAACACGCCCUCGCCGCCGGCGAGUUCGCCAACGCCGCCCGCUCCACCUCGAGCAUCGAGGCCCUGCGCACCCUAAAGCUCCUCGAAGAGCACCACCAGCGCCUCGCCGAACUCCUCAAGAUACCAUUUGACCGUCGCGCCGCCGCCGCCAGCCAGAACCCUUCCUCCGAGACCAUCGACGAGAAGCACGAAUCGCAAGCCUCCGAUGCCACGAGCGAUGUCUCCUCACCCGAUGAUGGCCGGACCAAGUCCGGAUCAGGCCAACAGCAGCAGUCCGCCGGCGGAAGCCCCGUCGCCACCGCAAAGGGCGUCCCGUCCCUGGCGCAGCAGCGCCGGUACCCGAGCCGCGAGAUGACCUCCUCCAUCGCGAGCAACCUCGCCUCGGCGCGAGGCAUCCGCGGGAGCAGGAACCGGAGCCAGCCCAUCCCGCCGAGCGUCACAAACGACCAGGCGCCGGGCAACAUGGAAGUCCAACCCCGGCGGGACGGCUCGAGGACAAAGAUGCAAAGCGUCCUCGACCAGUCCGGCAAGCCGGGAUGGAUCCCGCCAACGGCCGACUCCCCGCGAAGGGAGACGGAGCCCAGAAAGACGGAAGAAGUCGCCUCGCCCGCCGCCAGCGACGACGGAUACUCCCGCUUCUACAGCACCUUUGGCAACAUCAUCAACCGCCUCUCCGCGCCCCUCGCCUUCGCAGGCCUGCCCCUCAUCACCGAGGAAUCCUCGUCCGUCACCUCGUCGUCGUCCGUCCCCGAACCCCACGCCGAGACGCCUCCCGAACCUGCCCCGGCAAAGCGCAGCAACAGGCUCAAACCCUCCCCAGCAGCCCCCGCCGAACCAGACCUCUCCAAAAUCUACUCCCGCGCCACCCUCCGCGCGAUCUCGGCAAGCAACCCCAACGACUCCUUCUACGUCGUCCCGACGAGCGGACACACAAUGUCCUACGCCAACAUCCUCAACUUUGCCGACAAGGAGAAGCGGCGCCUCGAGGCCUCGCUACACAGCGGCGUCAGCGGUGGCGGAGGCGGCGCAGGUGACAGCCUAAUCGAAGACGACGAGGACGACUUCGUCGACGCCCGCGAGUCUCCCUCCAUGAUGAUGGCGGCGCCAACCUCCCCCGGCGUCCGACGUCGCGGAACCGCCGCCAAACCUAAAUCGGAACAGAACCUCAAAAAUACCGUCGAGGAGCUCUACCUCGAAAACAGGGGCCUCAAGGACAUGCUCGACAAGCUCAGCAAACGGCUCCACGCGUUCGAGGCCACGGCGCAGAAUUCAAGUCUGGCGCUGGCGGAGAGCAUUCGUCUUCGACGGCCCGGGUCGCCUGCGACGGUCGGGGCGUCUCCUUUUACUAGCGGUGGUGGGGGCGGUGGUGGCAUGUCGAGCACCGACGCCGUGUUGAAGGCGCGGAAUAAGGAGCUCGAGGAGCAGAUGGCCAUGGCGAUGCAGCGCAUGGAGGCGCUGGAGAAGGAGAAUCGCACGAUGGCGCGGACGCUGGAGAAGUAUCGCGAAAAGUGGGAGAAGUUGAAAGCUGGCGCCAAGGCGAGGCGUCAGGCGCAGGGGGGCGCGGGGGAGAGUGCCGAGGCGGAUGAGUCUGCUGCUGCUGCGAGCUGAUUCCGUAGUUGAUGAUGACAUUUUACGUAGAUGACAUGAUGGAAUGAACAAUAUGACCCGAG